AGUCUGUCUUUAAAGAAGAAGACAUGGCGUCACGACUUCUCAUAAACAGUUGGAGGUGAAGAUGUAGGAAUUAUCAGAUAUUUUUUUAAGUUAAACUUUUUUCUGUGUUGAGAUGGAAAUCAUGGCUGCGAAUCUGUCUGCUACCUCCCCGUCCACCUCCACGCUGCCUCCAUCUCCCUGUGUGGAAAACUUUGGUUUCCCAUUGUCCUCUCUGGAGAGUGAAGACUAUGUGUUUGUGGAGGCUCGGCAUUCCAACAAAGUUUUGGAAGGCUUGAAUAGCUUACGGCUCAAUAAUGCUUUCUGUGAUGUGACUCUGUGCUGCGGAGGGCAGGAGUUUCCCUGUCACCGCAUCGUACUGGCUUCUUUCAGCUCUUACUUUCAGGCCAUGUUCUCCACUGACCUGAUGGAGUCACGGCAGGAACGAGUGGCCAUCAAUGGGGUGGAGCCCCAAAUGAUUGGCAUGCUCGUGUGCUACGCCUACACCGCAGAGGUGGUGAUCUCCAAAGCUAAUGUGCAGGCGCUCCUUGCGGCUGCUAACCUGCUGGACGUGAUGGCGGUACGGGAGGCCUGCUGCAGGUUCAUGGAGCGUCAGAUGGAUGAAAUGAACUGCGUGGGCAUUCACUGUUUCGCUGAGGCACACUCAUGCCGAGAGCUGGAGCGAUGCAGUAUGGAAUACAUACAACAGCACUUUAGCACCGUCUGCCAACAGGAGGAGUUUCUUUCUCUUUGUGCCGAAAAACUGACUGAGAUCAUUUCCAGUGACCAUCUGAAUGUGCCAAAAGAAGAGACUGUAUUUGAGGCGUCCAUGCUCUGGUUUGAGAAGAACCCCUCACACAGACAGAGCUUUGAAAAGGUUCUCGAGCACAUCAGACUGCCUCUCAUCAGUCCAUACUAUAUCCAUGAUGUUAUUGAGACGCUGGAUGUGGUAAAGGAAUCGUUCAAGUGCCAGAAGCUGAUCUCCGAAGCCAAGGAUUAUUUACUGCUUCAGGACCGCAGGGGAGAACUGUACAGCUCCCGAGCACGGCCACGGCGCUCAACAGGAACAGCAGAGGUGAUAGUGACAGUCGGUGGAGAGGAUGACAAGGUUGUGUUACGCAGUGUGGAGAGUUUUGAUCCUCUUACAAGGCAGUGGAAGAGUCUGGCCUGCUUGCCCUUUGCUGUUAGCAAACAUGGCUUAGUCGUGUCGGGCUGUAUGCUGUAUUUGGCGGGAGGAGAAUUUCCAGAUGGCUCUGCCAGCAGAGAGAUGUGGCGCUAUGACCCAUGUUUUGACUCCUGGUUAGAGAUGGCACCCAUGAAUGUUGCUCGAUCAGAACUGGGGUUGGUGAUGUUGGAUGGAUAUGUGUUUGCGGUGGGUGGCUGGGAAGGUCGUUCUCGUCUGGACUCAGUCGAGUGUUAUGAUCCUCACACAAACGCAUGGCAGUUUAAGGAAUCGGUCAAGAUGGCUGUGACCAGUCCAGCUGUGGUGGCACUGGAUGGAUUACUUUAUGUAACAGGUGGUGCUGUUUUGGAAGAUGGUGAUGGCACAGAUCUAGCACAGGUAUACAACCCUAAAACAUGCGUGUGGACAGAGGUGGCAUCCAUGCAGAUUGCUCGCUCUGGAUCUGCAGCCUGCACCUUGAAGGGCAAGAUUUACGUCAUAGGUGGCUGGCACGCUUCCACUGAGAACACAGAUAAGGUUGAGUGCUAUGACCCAAAGACCAACAAGUGGACCAUGUGUGCUCCCAUGAAGGAGAGACGCUAUCGACCCGGUGUGGCUGUAGUGGAUGGAAAAAUUUACGUUUUAGGAGGAGAGGAGGGAUGGGACAGGUAUCAUGACACUAUAGAGCGGUACUGUGAAGAAUCGGACAGCUGGGAGAUCGUCGGGGAGAUGCCCACCAGUCGAAGCUGGCUCAGCUGUGUCUCGCUACAGCUGAGGAAGGACACUUACGCAAGUAGCCGUCCUGGCACUGCCUCCGAGACAGAGUUUCCUGUGGACUGAGAGAUUCUGGGCAUCAUCGCUGAUGCGAGUGGUUAGAACAGAAGGCCAGGGGUGCAGCUUUCUGACCGCCAUUUAGGAAUGGCAGUGAUCUGAUCCAACGGCUGGUGGGUCUUUAGAAAACACUUGUGUCAUAAGCUGGAUGGAUGGAUCUGUGGUGAUCGUAAGUGUGUGUCUCCACAGUGUUACGGCGUGUACACGGUAUCAGUUUAAUGUGACAUUAAAAUGAUCCACAGGGUUCUGCGCUGAGCAUCAUGAUUGUGAUUAUGAACAUGCUUUUUGUUUCCUUUUCUUUUUUACUUUUUGUAUGGUACAUUUGUUUUGUAUUUAUUAGAUGUUCUUUGUUGUGUAUGGUGUUAAUAGCACAAAUAAACACAAAAGAUAUAUUGACUGCCAUAACAUUAAAACAUUAAUGUACUGCAUAGUAUUCCAUGCAAUAGAAGAAUUCCAUAAUUACUUAAGAAAAUGGAUUGUUUACAUUAGAAUCAACAGAGCUGUCUACAUACUGGGAUGAGAGCACAUUGUGUAUACAUCUUGAGUUUGUAUAGAAAAUAAGAGUAUGUCCCAUGUAUUUUCCGCCUUUUUUUCCAAGACAUGAACAUUGACUUAAUAACAGGCUAUUUACUUGAUGGUUUGUUGCGCAAGUAUUGUUAGAGGUAAAUAUGAACCCCCAAAUUUGUGUAAGAAUGUUAUAUAGUUAGAAAUGAAUCUUGCUUCUGUUGAUCACUGUCAUAAAUGUGCUUAAAAAACGUACAGGAGAAAGGUUUUAAACGUAUCAAUGCCUUACGUUUUUUGUAAUAUGUACAAAUUGGACAUAAUGCACUAGUGUUUUAAAGUCAAAAGUGUCAUAUUUCCUCCCAUUUUAACAAUCCAUGAUUUUUGUGGAUCUUUGUCCUGUGGAAAUUUGUAAAAUGUAUUUGUGUGUGUGUGUGUGUGUGUGUGUGUGUGUGUGUGUGUGUGUGUGUGUGUGUGUGUGUGUGUGUGUGUGUGUGUGUGUGUGUGUGUGUUUUGGUGGCUGAAUGACAAGCAUCCCGGUACAAAACAAUAGGUUUUAGGCUAACACUUUGGAUGUACAUCCCUCACAGCUUCGUUUUGUAAUCAAAUGGUGGCAGGCUGAAAAAGGCAAAUUUCACAGUGGAAACGUAUAAAGUUGGCCUUGUUCAACAAAAGAGUGCAAGAGGUUAAGCUUGGACCUAAAGUCUUGCAAUUUGUUGGAAGAUUUUCAUCUUUUCGCAUUCAGGUCACCGAGGGCGAGUUCUGAACACCAUUUCACUUCUGCAAUUAACUCAUCCUGAAUUCUCCUUAAAGAGAAACAAUUUUAAACUUUUUUCUUAGAUUGUAGAGUCAUGCCAAAACCACGUGACAGCCCUUGAAUCUGUAAUCAGGUUGGAUGUUCUUCUCCUAUUUCCUUACAUAAAAAAUAGGCGGCUUUUCAGUGCGCAAGCUAAAUUAAAUUAACUAUGUCUACUGCUUUGUCUUUGCUAUCAUUGCCUUUAUGCAAACAGCAGUGAAUGGCUUUCAUAUGAGGGUUUUCACUCUGACUCUGCAAAUAAAGCCCUUUAUACUCUCUGUCAUGGCAUCAUCAUUGUAACGCCCUGUUUAUACUUGGUUUAUUAAGAUGCAUUUUGGACGAUCGGAACCAAGUGGAUGAGAUAGACGAAUUCCCGUUCAUACCUGGUGUUUUAAUCUAUCAUUUUUGUCCUGAUUAUUUUGAGAGGAUUGUAUAAAGGAGAGACAAAUGAUAUUGUUUGGCAGAUGAACCUCUGAUAUUUUAUUCACUGCUUGUGGGCCUAAUAUGGUGUUAACAAUGGCUUUGCAUGCUGGUAAGAUUACUGUCGAUGCGUUUGUGUGGGGUUUUAUCGACUUGACUACUAUUUCAGCCUCAAGAUAAUUUGUCUUCAGUGCUUUCUGUGACACUCUUCAUUAUGACUUCCUCUUGUUUAUCGUGCUGCCUUGUUAAUCGAAUAAAGUAUUUAUUUACUUUUUUUUGUCAGCUGCUAUCUAGUUUGCUGGGAACUGGGGGUUCAGAGGAAUGGAAUUCUAAUGAUUUUCAUUUAUAUUGUGGACGUGGGUGUUAUUUGUUAUCAUUUGAGACAUCGUUAACAUUUACAGUAGAAGUAUCACUUUCCCAUAACCUCAUCACAUACUGUAACUUGUGUAAUUCAAUCAAUGGUGUCCAGUUAUUGUUUGAAAUAAAAAUGUAUGUUUGAAUUCAAAUUUGGUGUAAGAUUGUCUAUAGGUUUAUCUGUCCAAUCAAUGAGGCAAGAAAGCCGUGAUAAAGCAACACUGUAACAUUGGCUCAUGGUUCCCCUAUGUGAUUGAUAAUUGCAACUGUCUGUUACCAGUGUUGUAAAUACUGUCACUGGAUAAGCCUCUCCGUGGGCAGGGCAAUACACGUGAAUUUGUUGACUGAGCUGCUGGAACCGGU